CUGAGCUGGAAGCUCACACACAGACCUUACAUCUCAGAAAGUGGCAACUUCCAAAUGCCUGCUGUGUGUGCAGCCUGUGACACGAGCUAAAGAGACAGAGGAGGUUUCUUGGCUGCUGCUGUGAUGCCAAGCAGAUCCAGUGCCAAGCUCUAGCUGUGUAUCCAACACAGCGGAAUGUGGAUUUCGACUCGGCUGCAUUAUCUGAAGCAGAAUUCACACCACCCUUAUCAGAAGGAGGGGCAUUCUACUCUGUCUGCACUGUUAAGCCUACAGCCUCUGCAGAAUGGAUAUUCUGCUGUUUCAUUGUCAUCACUGAACAAUUGUGGUAUCCCUGUGCUCUAGCACUUUUUCCACUGAAAAUGGAAAUGAAGAGAAAUAUGGCAAAGCUGUUGUGGCUACUGCUGUUCUUUUCUGCUAUUGUGCCACUCAACUGUGAGAAAUCAAUGAGAGAAAGAGCUCUUGAGCUGAUGGAAGAUGCACGUUUGAUCGAUGGCCACAAUGACUUUGCACUGCAGCUGAGAAUACUUUACCAAAAUAGACUCAGCAGAGUCAACUUAAGAGAACUCAACAAGACCCACACAAACCUGGUGAAACUUCAGGCUGGUUAUGUGGGAGCUCAGUUUUGGUCAGUGUAUGUUCUUUGCAGCGCUCAGAACAAGGAUGCUGUGCGCCUGACCCUAGAGCAGAUUGAUGUUGUCAAGAGGAUGUGUAACAGCUAUGAGGAGCUGGAACUUGUGACAACUUCCCAAGGUAUCUCUGACAGUAGAAGGAUUGCAUGUUUGAUUGGAAUAGAAGGUGGCCACUCCAUUGACAGCAGCUUGGCAGCUCUGAGGAUGUACUAUGACUUGGGUGUUCGUUACAUGACUUUAACACACUCCUGCAACACUCCUUGGUCUGAAUCAUCAUCUAAAGGAAUACACAACUUUUAUCCCAGUGUAACUGGUCUGACUGCAUUUGGCCAAGAAGUGGUAAAGGAGAUGAAUCGCCUGGGUAUGCUGAUAGAUUUAUCUCACACCUCAUACUCCACAGUAAAAGCUGCACUCAAUAUCUCAAAAGCACCAGUAAUUUUCAGCCACUCCUCGGCGUUUUCUGUUUGCAAUCACUCUAGAAAUGUUCCUGAUGAUAUCCUCCAGGAACUGAAAAAGAACAAGGGAAUUAUCAUGGUGACUUUCAAUGCAGAUGUACUGGCCUGUGGCAGAAAAGUUGUUAAUAUUUCUACCCUUGCAGAUCAUUUUGACCAUAUAAAGGAAAUUGCAGGCUCAGAAUCAAUAGGAAUUGGUGGUGACUAUGAUGGAGUGGAACGCUUUCCCAAGGGACUGGAAGAUGUCUCUAAAUACCCUUCUUUGAUAGAGGAACUUCUUAGAAGAGGAUGGAAUGAAACUGAACUGAAAGGAGUCUUAAGGGAGAACUUUCUCCGUGUCUUCAGGGAAGUAGAAAAGGUGCGGAACACUUUUGGAGUAAUGGACGUAGGUGAAAGUGAAAUUCUGGAGGAAGUACAAAAUUCCUGUCGCCUAGACCUACGUAAGCCUCAGCUUCAGCCAUCCAGGUCCUUUGGAUUUCCUUCUGUGGCACAACCUUUUAGUCUGACACUUAUAGCACAUUUAAUGCUGCAUUACAUAUCAUAAGAUCUAUGGAGUCUAAAAAGAGAUUUAUGGAGUACUCUGCAAAGAAACUGCUCAUCUUUCUGUGAUUUGUUAAUGGAAAACUAUAAUAAAUUUUAAACAUAAUUUCUGUAAAUUCAUCUGCAUAUUUGAAAAUCAUGUAAAUUAUAAAUGAUGUAGCAAAAGAAUUUAGAAUUUAAGUGAUAAAUUCUGUAUCAUCUCGGCUAGGCCAGGAUCAACAUUGUUAAUGGAAAAUAUUCACAUUUGAAGAAUAAAUUCUGUAAUAUUUGACACAUGGUUUUGGUACCCAUAUUGUGGAAUAAAUACUAGAGUACAGAACCAGCAGUUCCACACAGGAACUAGAGAUUAUGAUUAAAACAUCUGUGCCAAGAAGUUUUCAAAUAUUACUUCUUGUUAAAUCAUACAACUUCCAUUAGUAGUUGAUGGCUUAGUCAGAGAAGACAAUCCCCUGCCAUAUGGAGUAGGGUGCUUUUUUGGUUUCCUUGGGUUUUUUUUUUUUUUUUUUUAAGAUGACAAGAUGAGUAUUCCAGUUUGAACUGCAUGCCUAAGUAACUUUAGAGACCCAUUCUGCAGUACUAAACUCUUAUUUUUAAACCCUGACCAGGACAGUGGGCAACUGGUCAGUUACUGUAGGGUGGAGGUAGAACCAUGGUCAGUGGAUUCAUAGAUAUGAGAUUAGACAGAGAUCUUUUUAUCAUAAAUCUGCUGUUUUGGCCUUUGGAAUACACUUUGAAAUGCACAAGGUAUGUGAGGUUAGAAGCUCCUGUUGCAGAGAAGAGCAUAUAUUGAGAUAGGCCUGUUCUUCAUAGGCUCAAAACUGACAUUUUAGUCAAAUAUUCUGAGAUUCAUUAUUAAAUUAUAAGAAGGCAGCACCACAUCUUUGUAUGGCCAGUUCCCAGUGCUUGCUGGUAAAUGCUUUCCCAUGAUACUUGCUGUUAAUUGUGAUUUUAUGAUACGAAUUUUUAUUUAUGAUAUGACAUCUACAGAAUUUAGCCUUAGUGUAGAAUAAAAGCCCUGUAAUUGAUCUAAGGAAAGCAUUUGUAAACACACAAAGUAUUUAACAACCGAAAGAGAAGGCUGAGCAUGAAUAGGAUGGAAAAACAGCAUAUUAGCUUUUUCUAGAGGAAUUUGAGACUGUUCCUAUCACCCAUUUCUGCACUCCGUGUACAAGUAGGGCUUCUGGAAGGACCCUGUUCUUUUAUAGCUUCAAAAUUAAGCUUCAUUAAUUCUUUUGAUAAGAUGGUCUCCUUGAUAAAUAUAUUCUAAUUAUACUCCAGUAUGUUACCAAAUUCUUUACAAAUCAUGUGGAACCAUGUUGCACACAAGCCAAUUUUUAAAGAAUAAUUUCUCAAUAAAUACUGAUCCUGGAUAUGUAUGUAGAAAAAGGGAUUACUGAUUCAGAAGUUUGGCCUCCCAGACAUUGCUUGACGGUCAUCAGAACAUGUUUUAUUGGUAAAAUGAUCAAAUCAAUAGGGCAAAUGUCUAAUUCCCAUUAGCACUUCUUCUAAUAGGUUCAUAAGCCAUUGGAAAGCUGCCAUCUUUUCUCAUAACUGGUACUCUGAUAUUUGUUUCAUUACACAAAAUAUAACAUGCUUCUUCAUUCCUUCCAGCUGUUUUCUUUAUACUCUGUUGUCAUUUACUGCCUGCUAAUUUUUACUUUUUUUACCUUCCCAUAUUACAGCAUGGACUAAAAAUACAUAUUCAUUUCCUUAAAGAUACAUAAAAUACUUUUAUAUGACUUGCCUUAUCUACAACAUAUUGCACUUGUUUGUUGACUGCUUGUGCAAUGAGUAAUUUGUAACCUUGUGGCAAAACACAGACAUGAAAUUUCAAUAAAAUAUUGUUUAAAAUUGUGCAACAA